AUGGCUUCAAAGCCCCUGGCCCCCCGGUCCCCGAUUUUCGGCGAUCGAAUGGCUCCAGGGUCUUGGAACGGCAGGACUGCCGACUCCUUCAGUCCUCGAAAGGUCGGACUCAAGAAUCCUUUUAUGGAAGCACUCUGGAUACUGAAUGGUUCAGGUCACCGAGUUCUUGGUUCAGAUACUAGUUGUACGAUUAUUGCCAUGGCCGACAUUUUGCUGAAGAAGAUUCCCUGUACAUUCAAAGAUCCGUCCCUACUGGACAACGAAUCAUUCAUUGCUGGAGAAUGGACCAAUUGUCGCUGUGGAGAAUUGUUCGACGUCUACGAUAGGUAUGAUGAAUAUCAAAGGUCAAGAGUGACGGGAGAACUAAACCAAGUCAAACAGAUCCAGAAGACAAUGAGGAAUCGUGGUUGGAAUGCGAAAGAAAAUCAAAACGCGGUGUUCCCAUACACGCGAACGUUAUUCUACGACUAA